UAUAUAUAAAAAGAUAAAAAAAAAUGAAUUUGUUUGAAGAAAAAGAUCUAGUUUAUGUUUGUGCACCAAUGGUCAGAUAUUCAAAACAACCUUUUAGACACCUGGUGAGAAGAUAUAAUUGUGAUCUAGCUUACACACCAAUGAUAAUGGCAGACUCAUUUAUUAAAUCUAUUGAGGCUAGAGAUAGUGAUUUUACUACAAACAAAGGUUUGUUCUCUUGUAUUUUAAAUCUGAAUGAAAAAGCUACAUAUGCUCAUUGCAACAGUCAUAGACUUAAUUUAGCUGUUUGUGCCUCAUACAAAGUGCAAUAUGCAAGUAUCUUUUGGCACACAUUAAUGAGCUAUGCUGAUGGUGUUGGAUUGAAUUGUGGAUGCCCACAAAGAUGGGCAAUGGCUGAAGGUUAUGGAGCUCAACUCAUAUCAAAGCCAGAACUUAUAAAUGAUAUGAUAAAGCAAACAAGACAACGACUUCCUCAAGAUUUUUCAUGUGAAAUUAAAAUUAGAAUACAUUCUGAUAUCAGAAAAACAGUGGACUUGUGUCAGAAAGCUGAGCAUGCAGGAGUGUCAUGGAUUACUGUUCAUGGUAGAUUGCCUUCACAAAGAAAUGAACCAGUCAACUAUGAUGCUAUUAAAACAAUUAAAGACAGUUUACAAAUACCUGUGGUGGCAAAUGGUGACAUAAAAAAUAAAGAAGAUGCUUGGGAUGUUGUCAAAAAAACUGGAGUUAAUGGAGUUAUGGCGGCUCAAGGCAUGCUUAAUAAUCCAGCAAUGUAUGCUGGUUAUGAGGUUACACCAUUGCAAUGUGUGAAAGAUUGGGUAAACAUUGCGCUGUCGCUUGGUACUCCCUUUGUUACUUUUCAUCAUCAUCUUAUCUUUAUGUUAGAUAAAUGGCUUUCAAACAAAGGAGAGAAGAUGUUGUUUAAUAAUCUAUCUUCGGUUGCUGCUGUUUUGGAUUUUUUAGAAGAUCGAUACGAUAUUAGCUACGAUGGAUUUUUAAUCCCCAAUUUAAAUCCCUGACACAUUAAAAAAAAGUUCGGAAAUAUAUUUGGUUUGAAGUGAAA